CUUAGCAACUGGUUGCCCUGGGCGACAGGAAGACGCAGUCCAGCGGACUUAUCUUCCUAGCAAGUUCCUAGCACCUGCUUGUGGUCAGAGGCGCCAGUGAGCUAUGUCGGAGAUCCUGUGCCAGUGGCUCAACCAGGAGUUGAAGGUGUCCCGGACCGUGAGUCCCAAGUCAUUUGCAAAGGCAUUUUCUAAUGGCUAUCUAAUUGGAGAAGUUCUGUGCAAGUUUGAACUUCAGAGUGAUUUUUCAGAGUUUUCAGAGAGCAGGGGUUCAACUGCCAAACUGAACAAUUUCUCCCGCUUGGAGCCAACCCUUCACCUGCUGGGUGUGCAGUUUGAUCAGAAUGUGGCUCAGAGCAUCAUCACAGAGAAGCCCGGAGCAGCAACAAAACUUCUCUAUCAACUGUACAUUGCUCUUCAGAAAAAGAAGAGAUCUGGGCUGACUGGACUGGAGAUACAAACCAUGCAACCCCAGACAAACGUGAGGCUCCAGGCCCUCAAAAGCGAAGCUUUCCGAGAGAGACUUAAAAAUCUGAUACCACGCCAAACUGAUUUCAACCUGAUGCGGGUUACAUGCAGGUUUCAGGAAAAAUGUAAACAAAUGAAAGAAGAGCUUGCUCGAAUGCAUAUUGAGAAGCUUGAAAGAUCUCAAAAACUCGAGGAAGAGCAAAGACACUUUAAUAUCGAAAAGCAACGUUUAAACAGAAGACGACAAAAUGAGAUAAUGGCCAAAAUUCAAGCAGCCAUUAUACAGAUCCCUAAGCCUGAAUCAAAUCGUACUUUGAAAGCACUUGAGGCUCAAAAAAUGAUGAAAAAGAAAAAGGAGGCAGAGGAUGUGGCCAAUGAGAUUAAGAAAUUUGAAGCACUAAUAAAAAGGGAUCUUCAAGUUAAAGAAAGUGCAUCCAGGUCUUCUUUGGAAACAAUAGACCAGACGACUACUGAACUGCUCAACACUUAUUCAGAUGAUGACUACAUUAAAAAGAUCCAGAAACGCCUAGAAGAAAACGCUCAUGCACGUGAGCAAAGGGAAAAGAGGCGACGGAGGCUGUUGAUGGACCAGUUAAUAGCCCACGAAGCACAGGAGGAGGCCUAUCGCGAGGAGCAGCUGAUACACCGGCUGAUGCGUCAGUCCCAGCAGGAGCGCAGGAUCGCCGUGCAGCUCAUGCACGUUCGGCACGAAAAGGAGGUUUUGUGGCAAAAUAGGAUUUUCAGAGAAAAACAGUAUGAAGAAAGACGACUUAAGGAUUUUCAGGAUGCUCUUGAUAAAGAAGCGGCUCUUGCCAAACAAGCCAAAAUUGAUUUUGCCGAAAAAAUCGCCAGGGAGAAGGAAAUGCAUGAAAAGAUCUCUGUGGAAAGAGUCCAAGCACGUUAUGAGAAGCAUUAUGGGAUAUGUUCGGAAAUUUUGGAUCAGAUACUCGAUCUGUGCGCUAAAGUGGCAGACUAUCGGCUGCUGACAAAUAAUCUUAUUCCACAUAAGCUGAUGCAUGAUUGGAAAGAACUGUUUUUUAUUGGAAAUCCCAUAUAUGAACAGACUUCUCUUAGACUCGGGAAUGUAAAACCUACUGAGAAUUUUUUAGAACUGAAGAGAAAAGACUUACUUGAUAUUAACGAUUAUGAAGACUAUAAGAACAUGGUUGGAGAGUGGGCCUUACCAGAGGACAUGCUUAACAGCUCACCACCCUCCAACAAUAACAUCUUGGGUCAUCUGCUUCAAAGAUUAAUUGAAAAAUCUAUUCCCUCUCAAGAUAGUUCAGCAGAAAUGGAAUUACCUUCAUUUGCUGUGAAGGGUUGCUUACUGGGGAAGACACUCAGUGGAAAAACCACUGUUCUAAAGUCUCUACAAAAAGACUUCCCUAUUAGUGUACUUUCUAUCGAUGCUCUUGUCCGUGAAGCUAUUCGGGCAUAUCAUGAACAUGAAGAAAACAGAAUCCCACCAGCAUCUCAAGAAGAAAGUAAAAGAAAUAAAGCAAAUCUUAAACUUAUCCUGCAGGAAACUGCCACAAACCUGGAUAAAAAAAAGAAAACAGUUACUCCAGUUUCAGGAGAAGCAAUACACCAUGACAAAGGUUUCAAGAUUGUUGACACUGAAGAUUUCCACCAAAGUGAAGGUUUCUUAAGACUUAGUCCGCGAGCUCAACUUGGUGCAAAAUCUGAAUAUUUGCUUAGAAGAGGAAAGAGCAUUCCAGACAUACUGCUGGUUAGCAUCCUGGUCAAUGAAAUUAAGAAGUUACCUGUGAACCAAAGCUGGAUUCUUGAUGGAUUUCCAUUAACGUUGAAUCAAGCCCAGCUCCUGGAGGAAUCUCUUACAGGCUACCAAAAAAAAUCCAGAGAGUUAGAGAGGAGGAAAGCACGAAUGCCCACACUGGCCUUUGACCCUACAACUUCCAAAGAAGUGCCUUUACUCCCAUCUGCGUUUGAUUUUGUCGUCUUACUAGAUAUUUCGGACAGUUUAUCACUGAGCCGCAUGCAUGAUAUCAUGGCUAAAGAACUCUCAGGUGAAAUUUCUCCUGAAGAUGUUGACCAACGUGACAAAAAGGAGGACCAGAACUUAAGAGAGCAGAUACAUCACAGAAUUGUUGGCUUCUUGGACAACUGGCCACCAUUAAAAGACUGGUUUACAAUGCCAAAAAAUAUUUUAAGAGAAGUCAAUGCUGAAACUGAUGAAGGGUCCGUAUGCCAAAGAGUAAAAGAAAUUUUCUCUACUGAAAUAGUAAAUAAAAAGAUCAAAGUUGAAAAGAAAUUGGAAGAAAAGGAAGCUGAGAAAAAGGCGGCAGCUGCCUUGGCUGAAACUCCUAUUGUGAUUCCUCCGCCUCCUUCUGAAGCAGAAAAAGAGAAGGAGACUCAUCCUCGCCAGGAGCCACCAAAAACGUAUCCUGGGAAAGGAAAGGCCCAAUCAGACACCCCGCAUGGUAAGCAAGAAUCUCAACAAGAAGGAAAAGGAAAGAAAGGGAAAGGACAAGGAGGCAAAACUCCAGCGAAGAAAUCACCUGUUGUCUCCUCUUUUGAAUCAUCACCCACACAAUCAUCAGCACCACCACGGCCUAAGCCAGGAUCCGAAGAUUGGGUCUAUGUGAAUGAGCCUAUACCUGAGGAACUACCUUCAUUUUUAGUACCUUACUGGGAACUGAUAGAGAAAUCCUACAUAAACCACAUCAAAACAGUACUUCGGCAUCUUAGAGAAAGACAGCACACUGUGAUCUCUUAUAUAUACGAGACCAAAACAAAUUUCCAGCAGUUUCUAAGGCGUCCAGAUCACAAGCAAGAAUUUGUAUCUCAGUGGCAGGCUGAUUUCAACUCUGUUCCUGAAGACCUGUGGAACGACGAGGAAACAAGGGCUGAACUACACCAAAGAGUGAACGACCUGCGAGACCGCCUGUGGGACAUCUGUGAAGCCAGAAAGGAAGAGGCAGAGCAAGAGAGGCUUGACAUCAUUAAUGACAGCUGGCUGCAGGACUUUGUCGGAAUAACAAUGAAUCACUUCUUUUCCCUGAUGCAGGCAGAAGUGAACCGUUUCCAAGACACAAAAAGACUCCUUCAAGAUUAUUACAGAGCAAUGGAAUCCAAAAUCCUACUAGAAGACACUAGGAAAUUUACUCGAAUACCGUUAGUUCAGCUCGAUGGUAAAGAAAUUUCAGAAAGCCAGCUCAGAAUUCCUCUAGUUCCUCGAAUAUCCAAUUCUCCAGAAAAUGCUACCAUCAGACCCAAGCUGAAAGCAUUACUGAAGGGCAGGCUCGACCCCCCGCUGGAAGCUUUGGAAUAUAAUCUGGAGGUAGACGAGAAGAUAGUGCUGGACACGUGGCAGCAGGCUUCGAUGGCCAUCUCCCACAUGGUGGCUGCUGAAGUCCAUCAAAGGUUCAUAGAGGAAGAAAAAGAAUUGAUCUCAGUAGAUACCAGAGAAAAGUCUCCUCAGGCGGGUGCAAAUAAAAAAGCCAAGAAGGAGAAAGAGCAACCAAAGAAGAAAAAGCCAGAAAAGAAAGGAAAAGGUAAAUCACCACCUGUGUCUGAUGUCAGUCCCGUCACGAUAUCGCCUGAGGAAGUGGCUGAAAUAGAAAGAAAAAAUGAACUGAAGCUCAGGAUAAAGGAAGAACAUCUUGCUGCUUUGCAGAUGGAAGAAGCAGCCACGCAAUUUCGACUUGAACUAAUAAAGUCAAAAACUUUGACUGUCCUUGAAGAGUUAGUAACAAAGGUGAUUGAUGUCUUCAGGCUCAUGGAGAAGUGGCUUGGUGAGAGAUACUUGAAUGAAAUGGCCAGUAUAGAGAAACUGACUGAAGUAGCUCGCUACCACAUUGAAACAGCUACAAAAAUUCAAAAUGAAAUUUAUUUAAGCCAAGAAGACUUCUACAUCAACGGAGACAUAAAAGUCUUCCCAGAUGCUCCCCCACCAAUCCGCCCUCCACCCAUAGAAAAGGAAGAAAAUAGCAGCCUAACAAUCAAACAGCUUGAUAGUCUUCGGGAGCAGUUCUUAGAUAUGGCGCCUAAAGGCAUAAUAGGAAAUAAAGCAUUCACGGACAUUUUGCUUGACUUGCUGACCCUGAACUUUGGAACGAAUAGCCUUCCCAGCAGCUGGAGUCACCUCACCCCACCUGAUUUGCAGGAGAUAACAUCUUUAUUAACAGUCAACUCAGAGUUCGUGGACUGGAGGAAGUUCUUGAUGGUCGCAGCCAUGCCAUGGCCCAUCCCACUGGAGGAGGAGCUCCUGGAGACCCUGCAGAGGUUUAAGGCCAUGGAUGUAGCACAGAGAGGCACCAUCACCUUCGAACAGUAUAUGCAGGCUGGUCUGUGGUUUACAGGAGAUGAAGAUGUAAAAAUUCCAGAAAAUCCCCUCGAACCCUUGCCAUUCAAUAGGAAUGAUCAUCUUAUAAAGUUCUUCUUUAGGUUGUUUGCUGACUUUGAGAAAUAUCCACCUCAGCUCGACUACACUCAGAUGUUGCUGUAUUUUGCAUGCCACCCGGACACUCUGGAAGGGGUCUACAGGGCCCUCAGUGUGGCUGUGGGGACUCACAUCUUCCAGCCGAUUGAAACACCUAUGCUGACUGCAGAAAAGACCUCCAUCUCCACUGUGAGUCCCAUUGAGGAGUUUCCUGAGGCUGAGGAUGUUACUAGAGAAGAGAGGGAACUGAAAGAGGAGAAAGAUGAGAGAGACCAAAAGGAAGAAGAAAUCCCUGAAAACAUAAACACUGAAAAGAUUUCCAUGGAAACACUGCUCAAAGUGUUUGGAGGAGGAAUCGAAGCGCUGGAUGCUAAUAGAUUUGCCAGCUCCCUAAAGACAGAGAACAUUUAUUCAGAGAGUUUCAUAAAGACUUUUCAUGACCUGGGUUCCAGGAACCUGGAGCCAGUUGAAGUUAAUAUUCUUUUGAAGCAUCCUUUCAUUCAGGACCUGAUUGCAAAUUAUUUAGACUAUAAACUUCCUGAUAUUAAAGUGGUUCUCCAAAGGAAUGAGCAUGUACAAGGCAGUGAUGGAUAAAGGUCACUCUCCAGAAUUACAGAGGAAAAGAAAUGAAGACUAUGCUUUUCAUAAUCUUGAAUAAAUCUUCACAAUUAAAUUGACCAUGGUGUUAGUUAUGUGCAUCAGGGUUAGAGGUGUAGGUGGGGUUCAUUUCUCAGUUGAUGAGAAUCUCUGAAAAUGAAAACUUCUCAUCAGAGAACAUUUUAAUCAUAAACCUUUAAAAGAGAGAGAGAUCUCAAAGACACGAAGAUGAAUGUUUCAGUGAUCCUGGACACAAAAUUUACCAGAACAAUAGGCUCCAACUAUAUGCACUCAUAGACCAUGAAGACUCCCUAUGGGGCAUACCUACAUUAGGGGAAUAUAUAGAAAAUCCCUCCAAAACUCCAUAUCAUAGCAGAACUUUUCUUCCAUCUUACAUUUCUUGCUUCAUAUAUUGUAAAACUUGAAUGAUCAAGAAAAAAGGUGGAUUACUGAGUUGUUUAUACCAGUCAUGCUUUUAACUAUACUUAUUUCUAAUAGAGUACAAGAUUCCCAUCUACAGCUCUACUCUCUGUUUACAUGA